AUGACUGGACGGGAUGGGCUUUGCGAUGAGCGCACCAGGAGCCGAGUCCCGGUGCCCGGCGGUCCUCCUUCGGGCUCGCGCCCUCGAGGCUUCGCCAUCACCGAUCUCCUGGGCUUGGAGGCUGACUUGCCAGCUUCCGCGGGUCCCGGGCCGGGAUCCAGUAGCGAGGCUCCGGCGGCAGCCCCCCCGGGGCCCGGGCCGGGGCUCUGUGGCCCGUGUCCCGCGCGCGGGGCUCUCCCGCUGGGGCUGGGGCUGCUCUGCGGCUUCGGCGCGCAGCCCCCCUCUGCCCGUGCGCGCUGCCUGCUCCUCGCCGACCUGCCGCUCCUGCCGCCCGGGGGACCCGAGCCCGCCGCCGCCGCCGCCGCGCAGGUCCCCGGCCGCCCGCCGCAGCCCGCGCUCGGCCGCCAGCAGCGCCGCGAGAGCGUCUCCACGUCUGAUGGGGACAGCGCUUCUGAAGACAGGAGUGACCUGAAGGGGUCCCCCACCCCAGGCAAGAGGAAGAAGCGAAGGCACAGAACGGUUUUCACCGCUCACCAGCUGGAAGAGCUGGAGAAGGCAUUCAGUGAGGCCCACUACCCGGAUGUGUACGCUCGGGAGAUGUUGGCUGUGAAGACAGAGCUCCCUGAAGAUCGUAUACAGGUCUGGUUUCAGAACCGGAGGGCCAAGUGGCGCAAGCGGGAGAAGCGCUGGGGCGGCAGCAGCGUGAUGGCGGAGUACGGGCUCUACGGGGCCAUGGUGCGGCACUGCAUCCCGCUGCCCGACUCGGUGCUCAACUCGUCCGAGGGCCUGCGCGGCUCCUGCGCGCCCUGGCUCCUGGGGAUGCAUAAAAAAUCCACAGGAAUGAUAAGGAAACCAGAAAGUGAAGACAAGUUGGCAGGACUCUGGCGCUCAGACCACCUCAAAGAAGGUUCUGGCAAGAAUCUGGAAGGACCCCAGAGGAUUUUAGACAGAGCAAGCCCAACCCCUAGGAAUGGUUUGGAAGAUGAGGUCAUGGAUCUGUCCAGCUCUGCCAGGGAGGAGAGCAAGAAAGCAUCCCCUGGGAUUGUUGCUCUGGGACGCCCUCAAACUCCAGGGCUCCAGCCAGAGAAGGUGGGAGCAUUGUGA